GGGCGGCGCGGUGCUGCAUCCCCAUUGCGGUGUAUAUUAUGUAUACGGAGGCGCUGCUGCCCGCCGUCCGUCACACACUCACAGGCGUCCGCGUGAGGCGAGCUGCUGGACCGCGGUGACCGCCCUCCUCCGACACAAGCUCUCUUCCGCCGCGGCCGCCAGCUUCACUUCAGGCUAUAAAGGCGUGAAAAGUUGAAUUACAUCAUGCUUCAGUUGAUGAACAAACGAAGAACAACAACUUGUGAACAUUUUGAAGGUGACCAUCAACAAUGUGUGACACUGUAGAAAACUAUUCGCCUCUCCCUGUGGAGAUCUGAGCUGCGGGACACUGAGGCAGCCGAGGAGCGUCUCUGAGGAAGAUGCUGCGUUCAGAGCGCAGUGUCGUUGAAGAAUGGCUCUCAGAAUACAAGUCUUUACCAGAAAACCACAUCUCCAGUUAUGCAGGCAGCCUUCAUUUGAAGAAGUUGUUGGUACCAGCACUGUACAGGGUCAUCCAGGAUCCCAGCAACGAGCUGUUGGAGCCUGUGUGCCACCAGCUGUUCGAGCUGUACCGCAGCACGGAGGUUCGCCUGCGACGAUUCACCCUGCAGUUUUUGCCUGAGCUUGUGUGGGUGUAUCUGCGAGUCACAGCCAGCAGGGAUCGGCAGAGCAACGGUUGCAUCGAGGCCCUCCUCCUGGGCAUUUACAACCUGGAGAUCGUGGACAAAGACGGCAACAGCAAGCUCCUCUCCUUCACCAUCCCCUCGUUAUCCAAGCCGUCCAUUUACCACGAGCCUUCUAGUCUGGGAUCCAUGGCACUGACAGAGGGGGCUCUGUGUCAACACGACCUGAUCCGAGUGGUGUACAGCGGCCUCCAUCCUCAGAGAGAGACCUUCACAGCUCAGAACAGGUUUGAGGUGCUGUGUUUCCUCAUGCUGUGCUACAACUCUGCCGUGGUCUACAUGCCGCUGUCCUCCUACCAGUCAGUCUGCAGAAUGAGCUCACGGUUGUGUGUAUGUGGAUUCCCACGGCAGCAGCAGAAGCUGUGGGUGGAACCUUGCAACCGUGUCCUCCUGGACCCGGAGUUCAUGGUGCAGAUGCUGACUGCUGUUUAUCAUGCCAUAUACAACGGCGAGUGGGAGAUGGGGCGGGAGGCGCUGGAGGACCUUCUGUACAGAGCCAAGCUGGAGCUUUACUCGCAGCCUCUCCUGCUGGGCAACGCCAUGAAGAACUCUCUGCCCGAGAGCGCUCCCAACGAGCCGCGGGGCCGCAAGGUGCUGCAGGUGGAGGUGACACCCACAAUUAGCCGCAUCUCCAUCUCGGCCAUCACCACCGCCUCCAUCCGCCGCCACCGCUGGAAGAGAGAAGAUUGUUUUGACUACUCGAAUGAUGCCGAGUCGAGCCUCGCCGUCACGCGUCCUAACCACCACCACUCAACAGCCAAAGAGCAGAGAGAAGGGGGGCCUUGCAACCAUCACCACCACCAACACAGCAGCAGCAGCAGCAUCAUUCCCCCCAUCACACUUGAGGAUGCCGAUGGUAUGAGCGGCGGCGAGGAUUCCUUCAACGUGAAUGACCCAGACGAGGGAUUCUCCUCCGGGGCGUCCAACAGCAGCCAGCCCAGCGGCACCAGAGCAGGCGGCGUUGGCGGCGGCGUCGUCGGCCCGAAGGCCAGCAACAGCAUCAAGAAAGCCAUCACGGCCCGACUGUCCCGGGACAGAGAGCGAGACCGACCCGAGCCACUGAAGCAGGCCGACUUGUCAGCCGAAGCGAACAGGCAGAGGAAGCUGUCUCCCCCGGCCAGCAUCGAACUGGACGCCAUCCAGCUGAGUCCCAUCAAGAAACACCUGAGCUUCCCCACGGGACCCCCGCUGGUACGGACCGGCAGCACCUCCUCCAGCAAGUCUUUCGACUGCAUGAACUUCAGUGUGAACGGGGGCAGAGAGGACCAGGAGGGAGGCGCCGGAGGCUCGGACCAGGAGGGGGGGCGCCAAGCCGGCGGCUCCCACCGCCACUCCACCAUCAGCCUGCAGGAGGGCCACCUGCUAAGGCCGGAGGAGGACCAGCUGUCCCCCCUCACCAAGCAGUCCCGCUCUCCCAGUUUCAACAUGCAGAUCAUAUCACAGGUUUAACAAACACAUACACACACACACACACAUACUGGUUAUCAUUCAGAAUGGGGACCAAGUUUUUGAUCAUGACUUGUGGGGACCUCCUUUUCUACAGGUUGUGGAGGCAUAACAAAAAAUGAGAUAAAAUGGCCACCGCCCAGUUAGAUUAUACACUUUUUUAAAUCUCUGGAUUGAUGAAGUAACGUGCUGUUCGUACUUACUGGGGACCCUGGGAGAAAAAAACGUUUAUAUGGUUCAUGGGGACCAAAUUUGAAUAAUUUUGCAUAAUUCACACAAAUGUGUACGUUACUACUCAGGACCAUUUAAAAGAGAAGAAAAAGUUCAGUCUAAAUAUGACAUGAUCCUCAGAAUACAGCACUACAGUUGUCCUCUUAGAGGAAGUUUCACUACUUAAAUGUUACAGGAAAUGAGAUGUUCUUAUUUAAACGGGGAUAGCAGGUCCAUUCUAUGUGUCAUACUUAAACAUUUCGCGAUAUUGCCAUAUUUUUGCUGAAAGGAUUUAGUAGAGAACAUCCACGAUAAAGUUCGCAACUUUUGGUCGCUAAUAAAAAAGCCUUGCAUUUACCGGAAGUAGCGGACGAUGUGCGCAUGACAUCACGGGUUGUAGGGCUCCUCACAUCUGAACAUUGUUUACAAUCACAGCCAGCAGUAGCUAGAGCUAUUCGGACCUAGAAAGCGACAAUUUCCCCAUUAGGACCUAGAAAGCGACAAUUUCCCCAUGAAUUUGAGCGAGGAUGAAAGAUUCGUGGACGAGGACAUUUACUGUAGAGUGAAAUACAGGAAAAAAAAGAACAGGCGACGGCUCCAGGCGGCGGCAGGCGGUGUUUCAGAUGUAAUUAGACACAUUUACUAGGAUAAUUCUGGACAGAUGUAAUUAGACACAUUUACUAGGAUAAUUCUGGAAGAUCCCUUAUCUGCUUAUUGUUUUAAAAGUGUUUUAUUGAGAUUGUAAACUCAUACCUGAAAGUCGGAUGGCUGCGGUGAUCGCCAGUGUGUCUCAGAGAAGCCAUGGAAGAGCCAAGAUCCCAGCUGCCUUUUUGACAGCUGCAGGAGGAAGUUGCGUAAUCCACUGACGUCUCCGGUAAGAGCCGACUUAAUAUCACAAUUUUCUCAUCCAAAAACUUGCUGUUUGACAUAGAGAAACAUGUUCUCUUGACCGCUCUGUGUUAAAGCUUCACAACAAACAAAGAAACACCGGCUGUGUUUCGGUGCUAAAGGCAGCUGCAAUCCACCGCUUUCCACCAACAGCAUUCUUCUUUGUAGUCUCCAUUAUUUAUUGAACAAAUUGCAAAAGAUUCAGCAACACAGAUGUCUAAAAUUACUGUUUAAUUAUGUGAUGAAAAGAGACUACUUUUAGCCGUGUGAGGUGCUGGGCUAAUAUGUCCGCUACAACCCGAGAUGUCACAAACACGCGUCAUCAUUCCGCGGCGUUUUCAACAAGAAACUCAGCGGGAAACUUAAAAUUGUAAUUUAGUAAACUAAAAAGGCCGUAUUAGCAUGUGUUGCAAUGUUAAUAUUUCAUCAUUGAUAUAUAAACUAUCAGACUGCGUGGUCGCUAGUAGUGGCUUUCAGUAGGCCUUUAAAGCAAAUCCUGCAUCUUCUGUGACAUUACUGAAAUCUGCUAUUUAGCAGACAUGAAGUUGUCUGCAUCUCCAACUACCAUAUAUAGAAUGGAUCUGACUAUCAUUUAAAAAGCUUUCCCUGUAGGAGACCUGUUUUUUUUUUGGGUCCCCAUACCGUCGGAAGUCCCCUAAAGGUGACUGUGUAAACAGAGCGAUGUCCCCAUUAAGUAAGCAUUGCCAGAAAACACACACACACAUACACACACACACACACACACACACACACACACACACACACACACACACACACACACACACUUACUUUUUUCCAAGUGCAUUCUGUGUGUCUUUGAACACCCGUUCAAUUAAGUAUCUUUGUUCUGCUGUUGCUAAAAAGCAAUCAAACAUGGCUGAUGUAAGUACAAUCCCAUCACAUCCCAACUGAACAUUCCCAAAACAGGAUCCUCGUUGCGGGAUGCUAGACUUAGCAGCUGUCACGUUUCCAUAACAUUUCAACACUGUUUGAUUAUUAUUAUUAUUUUUUUUUUGACUGAAUCAGUCGACUCAGCAAUAACACUCAACACAUAGAUGUGUUUUUUUGGUUUUGUUUUUUGCGCUCGUCAUUCCCUCCCUUUCAUUCCCGGGCUCACGUGCAAUCGCUCUUGCUUGAUUAUCUUCCUUCUUAACGGGUGUUUUUGGAAAAAAAGAAAAAAAAAAAUCAGGAUUAAAUAUUGUAUGAGGAUAUUAAUUUAUUAAUUUGUGACAAUCCAAAGAAAGAAGGUAGCAUUUUUGUUGUUGUUGUCUUAAACACAUCAAGAGAUUGCACACUUGUUUGUUUCUUGUUUAGUAUAAAUCCCAUUUUGAAUCUGUAACAUGCUGUCAAACCAAACUGGAACUCUUAUUUACUGGACCUGAGGAAAUCGCUACUGAGGAUAUUUAAAUGUAAAAAAAUAUAUAUAUAUAUAUUAAAAUAUAUCUGUGUAAAGCAUUGUUAGGUCUUUGCAGGGUGAAACUAUUGAAUGGGGCAGUCUUGUGGUCUCCUGAGACUUGUGUAAAAAGAGAGUAUGGCCAACCUGGUUUCAGACAACCUCCUCAAUGAUUGGUGAAAAAUA